GACAGAUAAGAACCACCACACAGCAGUAAGACGCCAUCUUAUUGGAUGUGUAUUCCCGCCACUGUGACGCGUCCUGUUCUCUGUUAGCAGGGUAGAAAGUUAAUAAAUUAAAGGGUGAUGAAAACACAAUAGCUGAGGAAGAAUAUGUUUUAUUUUGUGAAUUUCCAUUUAUAUAAUGUACUGUAUGAAACUAUGUAUUGUCACAGAACUAAAAUGUUUUCUCUCCCUCUCCCUCUAAUCAUUCCUCACGGCUCUCUCCCACCUCUCACAUUUGGCUGAUAAUCGUGGGCUCAUCAACCAACAAAGAACUUGGAAAUAUGUCCAUGGACAACAGAAAGAGGCAAGCCGUUCCCUCCAACGCUAGUAAUGUUAACUGGUCCACCCUAUUUCCCGGGCAACCAGCCAGGGUUCUGAUUGUAGAGGCAUUGCCACCCUGGUGGUUGGAGACAUGUACAAUGCUCUGUGAUGCCCUGGAUAAUUUCCUGUCCCUGGCUUGUAACCUGGAUGGACCCUGUAGGAUACCACUGCUCAGCCUGUAUGCCAUCAGCAGGCAGCAGGAAUGUCUGCUGCCAUUUGUGCAGGUUCGUGGUAACCUGGCCAGGUUGCGUUCCUGUGUAGAGGAGCUGAGGUCUAUUCCAGGUGAAGGUUGCAUCAGAGGAGCAGCCAAAGGAGGCGAGCUGCUACGCCAGGCAGUGCUGGACAGUCUGCAACAGUUUAAACAGUACAUCAGACAUACCAGUAAUGGCACUGCUGCCAGCAACAACACAUUUUUGGAGGUGACUGUGGUGACCAGCCAACCAGGGCAGGGCAUUGUACGCCAUUUGGAGAUGGGACUCAAAGAUGCUGACCUGGUGUCACUGAAGCGGCUCCUGGUGGUACAGAUUGAUAGUGCAGCAGAAUGGAGCCAGGAAAACCCCUCACCAAAGGCAAAACACUCUGAGGCUGAAGACAGUCUGAUGUUGGGAACGGAGGUCGACCUGCAGCAGGUGGAAAACAGUGUGCUCUCAAUGGAGAUGGUGUUAAAGGCAUGGCUUCAAGAGCAGGGAGGAGACAGAGAGCAACUUCACCUCCUGCUGCCGGGUUUACUUGACAAUUCCAUUCCAGUCUGUGUUAAGUGUGACAUGCAGGAGCGUCUCAUAAGCCCUGCCCUAAUCUCCGUGAACCCCAAUCUGGGAGUAAAGACUGAGAGCAUCCAGGACUUCCUGCCUAUCACAGGGGGAACAGCUAAUCAGAGCCAAAAGCCUCAGAGACUCAAAGCAAUCAAGGCCUUGCGUGCAGAUGGAGUGUGUGCAGGUGUGUUGUAUGGCCUGCCGUUGGUGAUACACCCCACCACCUGUUGGCAGCUGGACUGGGAUGAAAUAGAGACCAACCACAACCUGUUCCACGCUCUUUGCCACACGCUCCAGAGUCGUGACAUGUUCCUGCUGCUGCAGGUGGAGCCCACGCAGAGGUCUACAGCUGGAGGUCCAGGUGUGUAUUCCCACUAUGUCCUCCAGCCAUCCCAGUCUCUCUCCCUCCUCCUGAAGCCUGUGGUCACCAGAGAGCUGCUGCUGCCUUGUUCACUGCCUGUAUCAGCUCAGGAACCAACACCUGAUGCUCUACAGGUUUUACAGGGUUGUGUCAGUCAGCUGGAUGAGGAGUUUAUUUUGAACCCUCUGUCUCUGAGGAGUAACUUGUACGAGCACCUCAAGUGUAGAGGUGUUCUCUCACAGUCAAGAUACCCAUACAGGCAGCAGCCAGCCGCUGCACACAGAGACCAGUCUCAACCACCAGAGGGCCCUAAAUCCACAGGCAGAAGACCUUCACGGCAGCCACAGAACCAGUGUCGCCAACUGGGAACAAACAGCAAGGUCAGGGCCACCAUGGCUCCUAUCCCUUCUUCCUCCUCCUCCCACUUCUCCUCUUCCUCCCUGGGACCUCCUCCUGCAAGGGCAUCUCGUCCCACUCUGGAGCUCCUCCUCAGCAGCAGCAGCAGCAGAAGCAGAAGCAGCAGGGCACCAGUACCUACUCAUCGGGAGAUGGACGACAACAAUGAUGACCCUGUGGUAAUAGAGUGAGAAUGCUUGUGUGGGUGGAGGAAAGUGGACAAAAGAGAGGCAUGGAACGAGAAAGGAAGUGUUGUGUAUCUUUCAUAUUUCAAAGGGCUUUCCAAUAAACUAAACUAGAUUUUGUAUGGCAGAUAAAACACAUGUAUCGUCAAACUGUCACAUAGUGUGAGUAAACACACACACACUUCGCUCUAAUACACCCUGGGUGGUUACAUCUUUUUUGAAGUGUUCAAUUCAUCUCUAUUUAUUUCUAACCACACGACCACUAUUAGCUAGAGCUGAAUUUAACUGCCGUGUGUGAGAAAGGAAAGUUACAGCUCACUGCAUCUGCUAAUCACUGAUGCAGCAAGUCUUCAAAAUGAAAAAAAAAAACAUAGAAAAGAUGAAAAACAAGAAGGGAAACAGCAGAACAAUUGAAAGUGUAAUAGUCAAAAAUAGAGGGAAGGAACAUAAAGUAAAACAAUGACAAAAGGGAACAAAAGGUGGGCGGUGUGGGAGAUCAUAGGGAUGAUAAAAGCACACAUCUACAUAAAAAUACACAACUCAGACAGACACCACUUACUGGAUUAUAAUUCAUGUAUGCUGAAGUGGCUAGCUGUAGCUAUAUUACUUGACUUUAGACAGUAUAGUGCUUUAGCUGUGUACCACAAAUUCCAUUUCCAUUCUACCCUUAAGCCCUCGUCUGAACACAGCUCCACUGUUUUAAUGAGACACAAAAUCAAGCAGCAGACAGAGGGGCCUCUCUGCUCGCCUUCACCCCCACAGCAAGUGCUCUCUCUGGGGGUUGAAAGUCAGUAUUAGGGGGGUGUGGAUGGAGGGAGACCAGAAACAAGGCGAAACUUUUAAAGUCUUACUGAAAUACUGAAAACGGGUAGUUUUCAAGUUCAAGCAGAGACAUGACUGAUCAAUUUCUUUAUGAUAUGACAUUCACACACAUUAAGUCAUACUUGAUUCAUACUCACAAACUCCUUUUGGUCAAUUAGACACAUCGAACUCAAGUAUUAAUAAUUUAUUUGUCAUCAAGGAGAUGUGCCAUCCACACACACACACACACACACACACACACACACACACACACACACACACACAAAGGACUAAUCAGUCUCCCGCCAUUCCACCCCCUUGUUGAACCUCGUAACAUCAGGGUCCACCGGCUUCAUGACGUUGUGACGUCAACGGACUUCCGCAUUCACAAUUUACAUCCACAACGAUCCUUUUGUCUCUCCAGAGAAUUUGACCGGACCUCAAAAACUACCCACUGACAUUUUAACAACUCCUCUCUUGCUCUUGCUGUUCUUUCCCUUUUUUUCCCCCUCUGUACUCACAAGCACAAGGAAGUUAAGUUUAUUUCAUAAAUGUGUUAAUUGAAGUACAGCCAUUUGUCCAUCUCUGAAAAGGUCAAAAGGCUGAAGCCAAAGUUCCUGUUUAACCCAAAGGACAUCAACCGAACUCCUCUUCAAAUGUCACAAAUGUUCAGGAUUCAUGGGGCAUGAAAACGGUCAACCCAAGUGUCCCCUUUGGUGUUUCCAAACUUGUUCAGAGUUGAAAAUUGUCUUGCUAAUUUUGGGAAUGUUUGACCCACAACAGUUAUCGGUCCAAAAGUUCUAUGUUCAUAUUUUUGUUUUUGUUAACCAAUGUGACAUCCUCUUCUCACUUUGUGGUUUCAUGACCAUUGGUUCUUGUUCAGCUUACAUGUUGCAUCUUUUAAAAUAUUGCAAAAGAAAAUGACAUUAAUUGACAUAUUUGUUCACUAUGCUCAUUUGUAUCAGUUGAUAUUUAAGCUGUUGUGUAAUUUCAUGAAUUUAUCUCAGUGUUUGUAUUUGUUGACCUUUUCUCUGAUUUGUUUAUCACACUGUGAGUUUAUAAAGUGUCCAAAAGUCA